AUGGCGGCGCCAGAGGCGCUGCCGGGGGGUCACAACGCCUACCCAAGAAACCCGCGCGGACCUCCGAAAGUAUGCGUUGAUGCAGUUUUUCCUCCUUCUCUCGCCCCCAGGCUGGGCGGCACUUCGUGGACGUCCCGAGUAAUUUUUGAAGGGCCCCUGGAGAUCGAAACCACUGCAAAAGCCAUGAGCCGUGAUUUUGGCCACGGCGUGGGAGGUCCCGGUCUCGGACUGCAGGCCGGGCAGCACUUCAUGGACAUCUUGCCGCUCCUGUCGCAGGUCGUGCGGUCGUUCGUGCCUGGCGCGCCGCAGCGGCAGAAGGUCGCGUUCGCGAUGGAGAAGGGUGCGGUGCUAGACCUCCCCAUGGGCAUGGGUGAGAUUACCGUUGGCCUGGGCUGGGACGUCGACGAGGGCGAGUGCGACCUGGACGUGUCGGCGAUCCUGCUCGACGCCGAGGGGUUGGACCUGGAGGCUGUCUUCUUCGGCCGGCUGGAGUCGGAGCAGCACGGCAUCGAGCAUACGGGCGACAACUUGACGGGAGAGGGCGAAGGCGACGAUGAGCAGAUCAACGUGCGCUUGGACAAGAUAGGCCCCAACGUGGAACAGGUCGUGUUCGUGGUCAACAUCUACACGCAGAACAAGACCUUCCAGCAGGUCGCCGAGCCCUUCUGCCGGGUCGUCGACGCGGCCGACGGCUCGGAGUUGUGCCGGUAUGCCCUCCGCGACGCGGGCCGCGAGAACGGCCUGAUCAUCGCAAAGAUCGCGCGGGAGGCCGGCGGCCGCUGGGGCUUCCACGCGCUCGGGCUGCCCUGCCGCGGCCGCACGUACAAGGACCGACUCACUGCCCAAGAUCCGGCAGACGUGCCACCUGAAGACCUCGUCCUUGAUGCUGCCCGAGACCGCCACGGCGACCUGGGGCACGUCCUCGGACCCGCGCCUGCUCGGCCACCCUGGCGUCGGCGAGGGCAAGGUGGCGACCAGGGUGCAGGCCCCCUUGGUCCAGGCGUCGGACGGCCAGAAAUGCUGCUGCGUGCAGUGAGCGCCGCGGCCAAGCAUGUUCCCCACCACUUUGUUUUCCUCCACCGGCGGCGACGGAGCCUCAAGGCACGAGGCGACAGGACCGACGACGGAUAG